UUUUACUUAAAUCAAUCCAUUUUUGAAAUGCAGGUGUCUAGAAAAGGCUGCAAUUAUAUUACCAGCAAAGCCUCUAGAAGAACAACAGAAAAACAGAUGGAAACUCUGCAGAGUUACAGAGGUAGAAGAAACCAAACUCACCAUUCGAAUGAUCCCUUUAUGCAUCACUUUCAUUUUCUGCGGCGUUGUCUCUGCCAUCGGCAACACAUUCUUCAUCGAGCAAGCAAACCACAUGACCCACAAGCUCGGCAAACUCUCAAUCCCCAUCGCAAUCCUUCUCUGGUUCUACGACCAAUGCAAACAACAAUUCGCCAAACUAUACUACAAGCUUGCCGUCAAGCUAGGCGGGUCAGGGGCGCAACACUAUGCUCCUCUCAUUGCUGUUGCUGUGUCGAUGGUUUUUGCAAUUCUAUGUUGCAUUAUUGCUGCUAAAGUGGAAACAAAAAGGCUAAAUGUGGUGAGGACUCAUGGGUUGGUUGACAAACCUGAGGAGAGGAUUCCGAUGAGCGUGUUUUGGCUGCUUCCACAGUUCGUACUCAUCGGUGCCCUUGAUGGGAUUCUUGAAAAAAGUGUUGAAGCCAUCUUGUUCGAUCAGGUUGGGCCAUCGAUGAGGACUUAUGCAAUCCAUAUUGGUGUCGGUGUGAUGGGGUUGGGGUAUAUAGGGAGUGUUCUAUCAGUGUAUGUAGCAGGGAAGGUGAGUAAAAGAGGAGGAAAACAGAGUUGGUUUCAGGACACAUUGAACCAUAGUCGGUUUGAUAAGUAUUAUUGGACGCUGGCUUGGUUGGCUGCUGUGAAUCUUGGUUUGUACAUUGUGGUGGCACUUUUUUACAGUUUUCGAGAAUCAGAAUCGGAAGAUGAGGAUGCUCCAAAUUACGAUCCAACUUCUGGACCUUUUGAGGACAAUGCUCAAUGUUGUUGCUGUUAGGUGCCACGGAAUUCUCUAUUCUCAAAAUUUAUUUGGUGAUGUAAUAAUAUAGAGAGAGAGAGAGAGACAAUGACCAUGAAAUAAUAUAGAGAGAGAGAGUGACAAUAUUGUCUGUCUAUUGAUUUGUGAAUCCAAAGAGAAUGCUACACUCUCUUUAUAGAGAGAAUUAUAGUGCAUUGGGUGCUUGAUGCACACCGAAAGCAAACAUAAAGAAUAAUGCAUAAUUAAAGAUGUAUAAUUAAAGCUAAAGCUAAAGCUAAGUAAUAAUUAAAGCUAUACAACAAUAAUU